UGCAGGUCCAAUCAGAUCCAUUUUCCCUUGUUUCUGAUGAGUUAUCACUCGUAGCUGAUAGAUUGCGGUCAAUGGUAGUCACAGAGGUCCCUAAGUUGGCAUUUGCUGCUGAAUAUUUCUUCAAAAUUGGAGUUGAAGGAAAGCGCUUUCGUCCCAUGGUUUUAUUAUUGAUGGCUACAGCUUUAAACAUGUCUGAUAGACUAUCACCUGAUUAUUUGGAAACACCGCUUCGUAGAAGACAACAAUGCAUUGCUGAGAUCACAGAAAUGAUCCAUGUGGCAAGCCUUCUUCAUGAUGAUGUAUUGGAUGAUGCUAAUACAAGACGUGGUGUUAGGUCAUUAAACUCUGUGAUGGGGAAUAAGGUAAUGUUUUCAGCUUCUUAUGCAGCAUGUCAAAUGUGGUAAUUAAAAAAUAAAAUUUGAUUUAAAAAUUUUCCAAAUAAUAAAAUAUUUGGCCUCCUUUAAUAAUCUUAGACCUCAAUUGUCAUGUUUUCUUAGUGGAAACAACUUCAUUAAGAAUCCAGGUUUAGCAGAUAAAUAUUCCCGAGUCAAGCGUCUAAUAAAGCAAACUUUCUUAAAAGGGGAAAAUGAUUAUCUGUAAAACAGAAUCAAAUUGACAUUCACACCAAGCGAAUAAGGAGUCCAACGGCGCCCAGAUUACUGAAACUUAGGUGCUAGGCCCAAUUGCAAAACUGGCCUGUUGUGAUGUGAAGCUUUGAAACAGCUCCUGCUCAAGUAAUCUUAGGCUUGGUAGGCUGUUGAUAAAACAGUUUUCGGUCUUGUUUCAGCAGCUUUCAGAUUCUCUUGCAACAAAUAUUUGGUGGGUCCCACUUAUGGAAAUCAGAUUUGUAACAUAACACUCUACUGAAUAUAAUGUCAUUCACUAAAAAUAACCUAUAACUUCACAAUCUCAAUCAAAGAUUUUUUUUUUGACAAAGAAUAGGUACAAUGUAUAUUGGUGUGUUGAUAGCUCAAUACAUGACUCCAUGCUUAAAAUGUGUAAGCUAUUUCCUGUUCUUUAUGCUCACAAACCUCCUUUCCUCACACACGUUUUUAGUGCACAACUUAAAGUGUAAACAGAGUACGCCCAACAUGAUUUAUAGUUGGUCUAGAUAAUUUGGGUACUUGGUGGUGUUUGUUGUUUUCAUUUGAAAGCAUGGUUAUACCUACUUUUGAGAAAAUAUUUUACUUUUUACAUGUAUUCCUAUGGUUUUGCUUAUCUCUCACAUAUUUACCAAUACAUACACCUAGCUGGUCUUACAUCUCUUGUACACCUUAGUGGUGGUAUUCACACCCAAACACCUCAAAUUGUGUUCACUAUGUAGAAAAAUUUCUUUUUCUUCAUUCAUACAAUAAUACCAAGUACUCAAUACCUUUGAGAUACAAUCCCUUUGUUGGUAAUAGGUGCCGAUUAAAUUUUCACGUGUAUGAAUUGUGAUGCAUCAAACAUUAAUAUCAACCAAUAAUCAAUGUUUAUGAUACUAGUACUAAAUACCCUUAACCCUGUGUUAACUUGUAGGAUAACACUUCUGUUUAGGGUAAAAAUACCCUAUGCCAGGUGGCCCAAUAGUAUGAUGACACGUGGUAGCCCACCAGAGGCCCAACGGGAUCCAAUCGGAUGCUGACACGUGGCAUCAAAACCCUAAUCAGGGAACAUGCCUCCCCCACUAUAAAUAGGGGAAAAAUCCUCAUUUAUGACCUAUUCAUAAAUACAUACACAAAAC